AUGAGAACAUUGCCCUUGCCUAUUGGAACCAGAUAUUCCACAGUCGAGCAUUAUCGUCGUGAAGAGCCACCGAGAUACUUGGUUAUUGGAAGAAUCGGCCUCAAAAGGGUUGUUGCCGUGCCUGAUACUGGCGCCGAGCUCAACUUCAUUUCUGACAAGAUUGCCAGCAGUCUAGGCAAGUCUCCUCAACCCAAUACUUACGGCAUCAUUCGGUUACCAUCUGGCAAAAGCGUUUUCUCGCCAGGCAUGAUUCGAGUGCCUUUUGCGUUUGCAGAAGAGAAGGGGGCAACGGACAUCAAUUGCCUGAUCAUGCCUGGAUGCUCUUACGACCUCAUCCUCUCCGGCCAAUUCCUUCGCAUCACUGAGACGCUGACCAAGUUCAAGCGCCGUAUCAGACGCAUCAUAUCUGACGCCGCGAAAACACUCAGGCUGAAUUUGAUCGGUGGCGGAAGACAACGUCUGCGAGGUUACAUGAAUGGCUUGCCCACUCUUGCAUUGCCAGACACAGGUUCCGAUGUGAUGUUGGUCGAUGCAUCGUACGCAAAAUCGCGCGGGUUCGCUAUCGAUCGAAGUCCCGAACACUGGUUGGAACUACAAUUGGCCGACGGCUCAACAGUCAUCACCUCGGGAAUAGUCCAAGAGCAGAUGGAAUGGAGAUUCGGGGACACCCAAGACCGUGUCGCGAAGGACUUCUACGUGCUGGAGAAUCUUCCAGCCGAUAUCAUUUUCAGCAACGACUUUCUGUUCGAAAUGGACGUCUACUCCAGAUAUGAGGAGUGCCUGAUCGAUCUCGAAUCUGUCGACGAUGCCGCAGAGCUGAAUUAUCUCAGGCUGAUUGGGAAAUUCAGCCCCGAGCUUCGAGGCAUCGAGGAUCUAUUUAUCAAUGACCCCCACUUCGAGUCCAGGCCGAGGCCCACCGCCGCGAUGCGAUCGAGACCUGCAUCAACAAUCUUGAUUCAUCAGUACAAGAAGAUGCAAGGAGGGCUGAAGCUGAGCGACAGGCGGAGUGGGAAGCGCUCCGUGAACAGCAUAGAGAAAACCAAAUAG